CGAUUGGUGGCAAUUAGCAGACGGUUCCAAUUGGUGCGGUUUAAGGGUACGAAGGGAACACAAGUCGAAAUGUUUCUCCGUGUGCAGCUGCUAGCGCUGUUGGCGACAGCCAUGGUGCAGAGUUCGAGUGCGUACUACAGCGGCCCAUUUCUAUUCUGGGGCUUGGACGACUUGAAGGACCUGCAAGCUCCUGCCCUCACCGAGCUAGACGACAAGCUGCUGCGGGAUCUUUACUCGAAUGCCGCCGCCGUGGUGGUGUUUUUGCGAAACGGCACCACCAAACUGUCGGAGGCAAACUUUCCCACAUUCAAGCGCAUUGUUGAAAAGUACGAAUUUAUGUACAGCCCGCAGCAAAUGUUGAGCUCGAACCCGCUCGAUUACAACGUCAACGCUGAGGUAAUCAAUCUCGUCGGAUCACCAUCGCAGCAGGAUGUCGAGCUGUCGGCGCUUUUCCGUGAUUCCACCGAGAACUACGGCGAACGCAAGGUACUGGGCAUUCUGGCAAACCAAUGGGAAGAACCACACGUGCUUCACAAGCGUGAGGCUAAGGCAGGUGACGAGUUCUACUCCACCAGCACCACACCUGGCAGCCCAACCGAUGAGCCCGAAAUUGCCGACUCGAUCUACAACGUACCCGGCAAGGCGAUCAUCUACCUAACGAGUCCACCGAUCCUGAAGCUGCUAAACGAUUCCGAUGAGGGUGAAAUCACUCACAUCCUUGACAAACAUACCCUCGCUACGUAUGAUGCCCGAGAGCGCGAAAGCAAGAUGAUCGUCACCUACAAAGUUGAUGAUUCGACGAAGCUUACUCUAAAGUUCCGAUUCGAAAUGGAUGCCGGGUAUUGGUCCAUGUCAAAGGUGGACGUAUUCGUGAUGGACAUCAAGAGCAAGGAUGGCUCGAAGACGAUCGACACGACACUCGAGCUAGAGGGCAAGGCUCCGUACGCACCACUCGGGGCAUCAUUCUCCUGCGCUCGCCAGCUCGUCUUCCGCAAUGGCACCACCGUGCUGACGCUGGAGAACAUUCAGGUCCAGCCAGCCCUCGAAGGGAAAACGAAAUUCGACAGCGCCUGGGACUGUAUCGGCUUCACGACGGCACCCAUCCUGUCGGGCAUCUUCGUCACGUCCUUCAUGCUGAUCGGGUUGACCAUCGCAAUUCUCGCGAUACUGGACAUCAAACCACCGAACCGGUUCGAGUCCCGCACCGGCAAGCAGCUGACGUUCACGGUGCAGGAGUAAACCACCGGGACCUGAGCUCAGGUCUCCGGGAUCCACGUGAUCCUGCCCGGUGCGGACGGUGGCCAACUUUCCCCACCAGUUCGUUCGCUUGCAGUUUAUGUUUCGCGUUAACAUGUAGCGUAUGGCAGCCCGAGACGAAAGAUGACACCGCGUGACCGUGCACGAUCCUGUGAUCACCUUCGAUCAGGUCGCAGGCGAGCGAGCUGCACCAAAAACAGGUUCGACUCCAUUGUCGGUCAGCCAGCUCGAGUGGCUCGAAUUGCUGUCCGGUUCCUAGUGACCCGAUCGGGGACGUUCCAUGCAAUGCAAUAGCUCGUUUCGUGUCAAUCGUCGAGUUAGUGCCGAUGCACCUGUUUCUCCUGUUCCCGUUCGUUCGAUUGUUUUACAGGUUUCGCAUUCCGCCGUGAUGCGUUAGUAUCCGUUCCGAACAGAAGAAAAAAAUAGAAAAACCACCACGGUGCGCCCUAAAAAGACCCACACCAUCGCAGGAUUACAUGGCACCGUGGUGCGUACCACCCCAAAAACUGGAAACGCCACACGGAAGACGAAGAAAAUGUUAAUGUAAAGUGCAGGUAGCUUAAGCGAGCAAUAAAUAUCUUCUCUCACCGUACAA